AUGGACAGUGACCUCAAGUCCUCCGUCUGGGGAGGGUCAGCGUGUCUUACCGGCGGGAAGGCCUCCAAGGGGACCCGAGGAUACGAGUGGGGACUGAGGGCUGAUGGGAUCACGGUGGGCGGAGGGGGCCGGCGGGGCGGGGCUUGUGGGGCGGGAGCGGCUUGCGAGGAAGGCCGGGCGCGCGCACCCAGCGAGGAAGGCCGGGCGCGCGUGUGGGCGCCGGCUCCUGGCUUCCGGUUUGGGGGCGGGUUGCGGGGGGCGGAGCUUGCUCAAAACUCCUCCCAUUUGAAGCGAAGAGCGAGCUCUGUCCGGCGGGCGAGCGGCUUCCGGGGCUGUCUCCUCCAGACUGCCUACCUACGCUGCCCGCGGGCUAGAGGUGGGCGGGCAUUGUGCGCUGGCGGCGCGCGCUCCCAAGUUGCCGGGAGACGGCGCGCGAAUGGCUGCUCAGGGCUCGCGGCUCAGGCGACUCUAGGCCGCGGUGGCCCCCCCAGCCAGCUCGGCCAACGCGGCCGCCGCGGGCACCAGAGGAGAAAGCGCGUGAACGGAAUCUCCGGACUUGCGACUCACUCGCACCGCUCCUGUGGGAGUUCCAAUCGCAGUCCUGGGAGCCAGGAACCCUGGGUGCACGCACUCAUCCAUCCAUCCCGGGGGACUCCUGAGUGCAGAUCCCGCACUGGCGAGCUGGAGCAGAGCCUGCUACAGGAGAAGGCACAGGCCCCGAGGCUGCUCCGAGAAUUAGCAACAACAGGGCUGACCACAGUGGCCAAGAAGUCACGGGUGCUGCAGCUGGAGGAGGAGCUGACCCUGCGAUGCAGCGAGAUUGAGGAGUUACAGCAGUGCUUGCUGCACUCGGGCCUGCCAUCCGCCAACCACCCCAAGGCCGCCGAGACGCUGCGGCUGCAGGAGUGGCUGCUGUCGGCCAGCAAGGAGCACCAGAGGGAGAGCAGAGGGGUGCUGCGGGACAAGUACCAGAAGGCCCUGAGGGCCUACCAGGCGGAGGUGGAAAAGCUCCGGGUGGCCAACGAGAAGUACACGCAGGAGUGGAGAAAGGUCCAGCAGGCCACCAGCGAAAUGGGGCUCAUGGACAACUGGAAGUCCUAGCUGGACUCACUGGCCUCGGACCACCAGAAGUCCCUGGAGGACCUCAAGGCCACCCUGAACUCAGGCCCUGGGGCCCAGCAGAAGGAGAACAGAGAGCUGAAGGCUGUGAUGGAGGGCAUCAAGAUGGAGGACCAGCUGGAGCUGGGCAACCUGCAGGCCAAGCACAACAUCGAGACAGCCAUGCACAUGAAGGAGAAGAAGGGCCUGUGGCAGAAGCUGCAGGAGACCCAGAAUGAGCUGCACAGGCUGCAGCAGCACUGGCAGGCCCAGCUGGAGGUCCAGGCCGGCCAGCACCAGAUAGAGCUGCCAGAGGCCCAGGAGCAGUGCCGCGAUGCCAAGCUGCGGGUGCAUGAGCUGGAGAAGCUGGAUGUGGAGUACGGGGGGUGGGCACAGGCCAUUGAGUUCCUCAAGGAGCAGAUCUCCCUGGCUGACAGGAAGAUGCUGGAUUACGAGGUGCUGCAGCGGUCUAAAGCCCAGAGCAAGCAGGAAGCCAAGAGGCUGUGGGAGAAGCUUCUGGUCGCCGAAAACAGACUCCAGGCUCUCGAGUCCCUGUGCUUGUCCCAGAACACCAGCAUAAGCAGCCACCCAUGCUGCUGGGUUGGGGACAAGCUAAACCAGAGAGACAAAGAGGUGACAGCCUUGAUGUCCCAGACCUAGAUGCUCAGGACCCAAGUAAGUGCACUGGUGAGCAAGUGUAAGUCAGGAGAGAAGAAGGUGGACACCCUGCGGAAGAAGUGGCACUUGGAGGCAGAGCUAGAGGCCGUGUCCCGGAAGACCCACGAUGCCUCGGGCCAGCUGGUCCUCAUCAGCCAGAGCUGCUCGGGAAGGGGCAGUGACCUGAAUGAACUUCGAGUGUUGCUGCUGGAGGCCCGUCGCCACUCCCCAGGGCCCAGGAGGGACCUGAGCUGCGAGGUUCACAAGGCCGAGUGGCGGAUCAAGGAGCAAAAACUCAAGGAUGACAUGGGCCUGUGUGAAAAGCUGACCGGGCUGGACAAGGAGAAGUCCCUGUCGGAUCAGAGGCGCUACUCCCUCAUUGACGCAUCGGCGCCCGAGCUCCUGCUGCAGCACCAGCUGAUGAGCACGGAGGACGCGCUGCGGGACGCCCUGGACCAGGCUCAGCAGGUGGAGAAGCUCAUGGAGGCCAUGAGGAGCUGCCCCGACAAGGCCCAGGCAGUCGGCAAUUCCAGAUCUGCAAGCGGCAUCCACUAGCAAAACAAAGCCCAGAAACAAGAGUUGCAACCUGAGGCGGGGACGCGCUCCCAGCGCAUGCGCGCUCCCUUCGUCCGCCCUCCCAGGGGCCCGCUCACACGGUGGAGGGAGCGCGCCCGGAGAGAACGCGUCCCAGCCACCCUUAAGUGCUCCGGGUGGAAACUGACGCCCGCGGCGGCGGGGUUCCGGGGGCGGAAAGGAAGGCAGAGGCGGGAAGGCGGUGCGCCGCCCGCUCUUCCCCACCCCUUGCCUCGGCCCUGA